GGAUUGAUAAUCGUUGAUUGGUCUAUUCUUGUGAUAUGAGAACUGUCAUCUAGCAGACAAAAUAGAAACUACAAAUAAUGUUAUUUGUAUAUAUAAUAUGUGGUGUUCUUAAAAUAAAGUUAAUUUAGUCGUGUUAGAAAGAAGUUUGCCAUAAUGAUUUUUUAACAUACAUCAUUUAGCCAUUUAAUGGGUUAUACUCGUAGUAAAUUUAGAUAGAAAGAAUUUAUAUUUAACGUUGUUGUGCGUGUGUAUGUGUUAAUUAUGGGAAAAACAAAAACUAUUAGUAAGGGUUGUCCUAAAUGUGAACAACAGGUACCAGUCGCUUGUAAAGCUUGUCCAUGUGGACACUCAUUUUUUAAUGCAAGACGUAAUUCCAUCAAAAGUCCUCCAAGUCCUGAUAAUGGAGUUAUGAAAACAAGAAGAACUAACCGUAUUAAACGUGAAAAGCCAAAUUAUUAUGAUGCUUUAGAAUAUGAUAAGCAAACGAAGAAAAGUUCUAAGAUAAGACGUGCUGCAGAUACCUCCAGUGACAUAGAUUGUCGUCAAUUAAAUAAAAAGAAAAAAAGAAAAGGUAAAGGGAAAGGUAAAAAUGGAAGUAGUAAUGGAUUGGGUGAUGAUGAUGAUGAAAUGGAAGGAAUUAGUGGCUUAUCUCCAGAGAAACAGUUAACAUGUUCUCUUAUUUUACAAGAGCUUAAUAAUAAAAUGAGGGUAGUGGCAUGGAAGCCAUCAUGAAUAUAUCUGCAUGGAAGAUGUACAUUUAAUUAUGGGAUUAUAAGAUGUGUUUUGACCGUACAAAUAAUUUUGUUUAAAGAUAAUAACGGUAAAUGAAUGUCCUUGAUGUCUUGAAUAACAUCAAACACACAUCACAAAGCAAUAUAAUUUAAAUUUACGAAGUGAAAUAUUCUCUAUGUAUAUACAUAUUUGUACUUUUACAAAGAAAUAUUCUUUUUUUUUUCUAUCUGUGAUUUUUGCUAAUAGAAUUUCUCUAUUUAUUCAAUCUUCUUUCUACCAUUUUUUAGGUAGAUAACACGUUAUAUUUAUAUCUCCAAAAUCAAUAAGACUAAUCUGAGACAACUGAUAAAAACACAAAAGAAAUAAUAUACAAAUGUAUAUAGUUAUAUGUAAUAUGAAAUGUGAAAUUAUGUAAAGGAAAGGUAGUUUUACUGUAAUUAUCAUAUUUCUUUUUGUUAUAAAUGAAAGAUUUUAUACCUUAUAUAUGUGUGUGUAUACAUACAUAUAUAUACACAUUAUAUAUAUAUAUAUAUGCAUAUAUAUACACACACAUUUAUAAUGUAAUUAAGAAUGUAAUAUUGUACAUUAUAUGCCUGUAAAUAAUAUGUAAAUAAUAAAUUGUAAAGGCAAAUUGAAAUAAAAUUACGACGUGAUCUGUA